UCUCUUCUCUCAAAACAGCAAGCAAAGCAAUCUAUCAAAAAAACAUGGCUUCGCUUAAUCAUGCUUCUCUCUUGCUAUUACCUCUCUUGCUCAUUUCUUCCUUCUUCGACAUCUACCAAGCUGCCGGAAUCGCCAUCUACUGGGGCCAAAACGGAGGCGAAGGCUCCCUCGCCGACGCUUGCAACACUGGAAACUACAAAUUCGUUAACAUAGCUUUCUUAUCCACCUUCGGCAAUGGAAAAACCCCACAACUUAACCUCGCCGGCCACUGCAAUCCAGCCGCCGGCACCUGCAAAGGCAUAAGCGCCGGCAUCAAAACUUGCCAAUCCAAAGGCAUCAAAGUGCUUCUCUCCAUCGGCGGUGGCUCCGGUGGCUACUCUCUUAAUUCCGCCGCCGAGGCCAACCAGCUUGCUAACUACAUCUGGAACAACUUCCUCGGAGGAAGCUCCGAUUCACGGCCAUUAGGCGACGCCGUUUUGGACGGCGUCGACUUCGACAUCGAGGCCGGUAACGGCCAGCACUGGGAUGAACUUGCAAGAGCUCUGAAGAAGUUCAACCAGAAGAUGAUACUCUCCGCCGCGCCACAAUGUCCAUUCCCAGACUCUCACUUGAGCUCUGCGGUCAACACUGGCUUGUUCAACUACGUUUGGGUUCAGUUUUAUAACAAUCCUCCAUGCCAAUAUGCAAAUGGGAACAUUAACAAUCUUGUGAAUGCAUGGAAACGAUGGACCACCGUGCAAGCUAGCCAAGUGUUCUUGGGGGUUCCGGCAUCGCAGGCUGCAGCCGGCAGUGGGUUUAUUCCGGUUAAUGUUAUGAACUCUCAAGUUCUUCCGGCGAUCAAGGGGUCUCCGAAAUACGGCGGAGUCAUGAUUUGGGACAGGUUCAACGAUCUCAAAAGUCGAUAUAGCAAGGCCAUUCUCGGUUCUAUCUAAAGAAUUCGUUAGGUCUAAGCUUAUGAAUAAGAAGCAGAUCAGUAGGGUUACAGUUGCUCCUACUAUUGUAAGCCACAUGCAUGAGUGAUGAUAUGAACCGAUAUGAACAACUUCUUCUGCAUGCAAUAGGCAAUAAUAUGAAAUAAAAUAUGCAUCCUUAAGUAUGGUUCUAGAGUUCAA